GAGGGGAGGGGAGAGGAAAAGGGAAGGAGGAGACUGAGUGAUUAAGUCACCCACUGUGAGAGCUGGUCCUCUAUUUAAUGGGGGGGUCUCUCUGCCCAGGAGUCAGAGGUGCCUCCAGGAGAAACAGGAGCAUGGCUGAGAAUCUGGGGCUGAGCUGUGGGGAAACAGCCAGCGUGGAAAUGCUGCCAGAGCAGGACAGCUGCAGGCCCAAGGCCAGGAGCAGGGGCGCAUGCUGGGCACUCACUUGCUGCUACCUGUUGCUCCCCUUCCUCGCAGGACUCACCACCUAUCUGCUUGUCAGCCAGCUCCGGACCCAAGGAGAGACCUGUGUCCAGUUUCAGACUCUAAAAGAACAGGAGUUUGCACCUUCACACCAGCAAGUUUAUGCACCUUUUAGAGCGGAUGGAGAUAAGCCAAGGGCACACCUGACAGUUGUGAAACAAACUCCCACACAGCACUUUAAAAACCAGCUCCCAGCUCUGCACUGGGAACACGAACUCGGCCUGGCCUUCACCAAGAACCGAAUGAGCUACACCAAUAGAUUCCUGCUGAUCCCAGAGUCAGGAGACUACUUCGUUUAUUCCCAGGUCACAUUCCGUGGGAUGACCUCUCAGUGCAGUGAAAUCAGACAAGCAGGCCAACUGAACAAGCCGGACUCCAUCACUGUGGUCAUCACCAAAGUGACAGACACCUACCCUGAGCCGACCCAGCUCCUCAUGGGGGCCAAAUCUGUGUGUGAAGUAGGCAGCAACUGGUUCCAGCCCAUCUACCUCGGAGCCAUGUUCUCCCUGCAAGAAGGGGACAAGCUAAUGGUAAACGUCAGUGACAUCUCUUUGGUGGAUUACACAAAAGAAGAUAAAACCUUCUUUGGAGCCUUCUUACUAUAGGAGGAAAGCAAAUAUCAUUAUGUGAAAGUCCUCUGCCACUGAGUUCCUAAUUUUCUUCAUUCAAAUGUAAUUAUAACCAGGGGUUUUCUCGGGUGGGAGUAGGGGGGCAUUCCACAGGGACAAUGGUUUAGCAGUGAAAUUUAGGGCCCAAAAUUUCACAGUUCAUGUGCCUUACUGAUGAGAGUACUAAUUGGAAAAAGACUGAAGACAGCAAAUAUACUAUCAUGGUUGCUUGGAGGACUGGUGAGUUCCUAAAUUUAAAUGAAGACACUGAUCACUAAAUAAAUGGAUGAUCUACUCAGGUCAGGAUUGAAAGAGAAAUAUUUCAACACCUUCCUGCUAUACAAUGGUCACCAGUGGUCCAAUUAUUGUUCAAUUUGAUCAUAAAUUUGCUAUAAUUCAGGAGCUUUGAAACAAGUUCAAGGAAAGCUCUAGAAAACAGUAUAAAACCUUCACAGGCAAAAUCGUUCAUCAGUUUUUCCAUGUACUUUCAUGCCUUGCCUAAAAAAAAAGAAAAGAGAGUUGCUUUGUCUCAUGAACGUUCUCAAGGAAGGAGUUGGUUUUCAUGUCAUCUAUAGUAUAUGAGAAAAGCCACAUUUCUUUUGAUUACGUACACAAAUCUCAAAAUAAGCAAGCAUGAGUUUCACAUGUAUAUAAAAAAUACAACAGCUGCAUGUAUUCAGCAGAGUUUUCUUGAGCACCUAUUACGUUCUGGGUGCUAACCUUAACCCAGAAGACACUAUGAAAAACAAGGCACACUUCACUCAAAACUUAUGUGAACACUGCUAGAUGCUUCCUGAUCAAAUAUUCAUCAACCUAGUCUAAAGAAUAACACCAAGCCUUUAAAAAAAAAAAUCAUCUGAACCUGUUACAUCAGAUUUCUGGCACUCUCCUGACUGUGGAAGAUAGCCAGCUGAUUAGGUCCCUCAAGAAAACUGAAGACAGAUAUCUAGUUAACUAGAUCAACUAUAAAGACAACUUGUUUGAUAUUGGAAGACAGUGGACUUAUUCCCUGGGGGAGGGGGAAGAAAGAAGUCAAUGACCAAAUCUGGAGAAGUUAACCUAGAUCUUUGAGGUUUGAUUUGCAACUUUAUAUGCAGAGUAUUGUGUGGGUAUUUUUUCCUUGAAAUAUUCAAAGAAAUUUAUAUAUGGGAUUAGCUAAUGGGCCUAGCCAAGACCUUCCUGGAAGGAGAGGCUGGACAUUGAGGAGGUCCUUUCUAUGCUUCAGUGGGUGCAUAUCCUCUGGUCUAUAAGAUUUUCUCAUGCUAAUAUGUCAAGGGCAAGAGAUACAGCUCUGUUCUCUUAGCCUUUUUUGACUGUCUGUAAAGCAGGAAUCUGCCUAUUUGUUUCCCAGGAGAAAAUGAGCUCAUGGGAUGAAACAUGUUAACUUCAUGUGUUCUGUGGCAUCUGAGCAUUUUGGUGUGAUAUGACCGGUGACAUUGGUCCCUAUUAUAAAUGCUCCCUAUGCUAGCAGACCUCACGGAUGGGUCUGAGAGCAAAUAUGGCACCAAAAUCACUCUCACUCUGCUUUCCUGUAGACUAUAGAGGCAGAGAGGCACUUGGGAGGCUCCUGAGCAGAGUGUCUAAUGCAGUAGGAGUACUCAAUAUUUUUUUAGUUAUAAUUAAAUAAAAAUUAAUGUCUGAUUUCUCAGUUUGGAGGUUAAGGCUAUAAAUAUAUUUUCUAACAUCUGCUAGGCUAACUUUCAAACCAGGCCUUUUUCUCCCCUUCACAUUCCCAAAACAGUCAGCACAGACUCAGUGAGAGCACAGAGGGGUGUGGUCACCUCCACCUGGCUCACCAGAGUCUUCAUAGUGGAAGUGAAGCCUGAAAGAAGGUGGGUGGGGCCCAGAUGACCUCAGGGAAAGGGCAUCUCAGAUGUAGGAAUUACCCUUGACUUAAAGCAGAAAAGAAAGAUUGCUCAGUAACUUGAAAACUUGCUUUAUAAGAGAGUAUUCCCUCAACCAAUUCCAGGGACAGUAUUUAUUGGUAGAUCAAGAAUGUUUCCUCAAUAAUUCUAGUCUAGCUCCAUGAAUAGAACUAACACCCAUUAAGAACAUAAAACGUUCUUUCUGGACCAGUCUUCAUGGUGCAUGAGAGUACCAGGCAGCUUGGGUAUGCAGGAGGAGAUUUGCACACAAGAGUGGCCUGUCCAAACAUGCCCACUGUUCCAUAGGUGACCUAGUGGAUCUGGAAGUUUAUCCCAAGGCAGGAAUUUCCUAAUAUUCUAAGACAUUUGAGGCUUUGGGAAAUUCUCUGCUGUGUAUUUACUUUGUUUCUGUCAUAAGCGUGUUUUUUUUUAAGAAUGUGUCAUAGCUUAAGUUUUUACUGUGGAUUUUGUUUAAUUUUGUAUGGUACAGUAUAUCUUCUAUGAUUCAGAAAGGCACAGUCAGACAUUCCUAAUAGAGCUCAUGUCAGAACCUCUGUUCCCAAGGCAUUACCUCCAUAGCAAAAAUUAGUGCACUGUUUUCAAAAGUGAGGUGGGAAAAUGCUUUUAAGAUCAUGUAAUGUUACCCUAAAAGAGGUUAACAGAAUGUAUUUAGGGUUUUGGAGGGAGAAAGAAGCUUGCUUUAGAAAAUAGUAAAUUGAAGGAGAAAAUGCCUUCCUAGUUAAAUAUGUCUCAAAAGGCUGAAUUUAAAUCAAUUCCACAAACAUUUACUGAGUACCUACUGGCCCUGGAGACACAGAGAGAAAUUAUUUAGUCUCAGACACACUCAUUCUAACUUCCCAGCACCUCCACUAUCUGCAGAUCCUUUAUUUCAGUUGUAUUAGCUAAUUAAUUUGCUAACUUUAGGCACAUGGCCCUCAUUAUGAAAAUGGGUGCCAUUUGAUGAAGGCUUAUGUCUAACAAAAUGAUUUAUAUUUACUCUAAGAGGUUUUUAAAAAAAAAAUAGCUACUCAAGAAUAGUUUCCCAUAAAUCAAUGGGGUAAAAAAACAAAGUUACCAUUUUCUAUGGUAGAAUCCAUUAUUUAAGCCACAUAUAGAGAGAGGUUAUUAUUUGCCGGACUCAAGUUUGGUCAUCAACACCCUUAAAUAUAUUAGAACUUUAUGGAUGACCCAGGAAUGCUUUGAAAAUCUGUGUUCCUCAGCAAAUGCAGAAACCGUGAUCAAAAUGCACAGAAUCACUAACAUUUUUAUGCUAGCAUGGUUUCAAUCUAUUUGGCAAAACAGAAUUGUUUAUGUUACUAAAAUUUCUAAUUUGUUUUUUUACUAAGGUACAGUAAGGAAAGGGAAAAGUAUACCUUUUCACUUCCUGAAAUGUGUCAGGUUGAAUCAAUAACAGAGCACACCAGAACAACUAUUCAGUUCUCAUCACCCCACAGGAAAUUCCGCGUCUGUGCUAGUCAAUAAUCCCCCUGGAUUAUAAAAGUUUAACUAACUCACUGUGCACAAGGCAUGGCCAUUGCCAGCAUUCUCUUGCGAGGUAUUUUCCCAAGCCCUUACUCAAUUCUGUUUCCAUGUGACAUUGGGGAUUAAUUCUGCAGGACAGAACUGUUCACAUUCUGUACCUUAAAAACACAUGCAAAAGUCUCUUGCCUCAAGAUUUCUGAUUUUCCUAUGGCCCAGAGUCCAAGAAGUAUCUUGAUAUCUAUAGCAGAAUUUUUAAGUGUAUGUCAUUAUCCUAGAUAUUAACAUUUUUGCAUCAUAUUGGCAGCUGGACCUACAGAGAAUUUAGCAGACUGUUAACCUAAUAACCCUUGAAUCCUUUUGCACCAGUGAUGAGAGGAUGUGGAUCAGAGCCGUCAUAUCCAUGCCCUGCCACCCUCUAACAACCACAUUUACAACUUCCCAAGUUCUGAGACAUACUUGCCCUGACCCCUUCCAUCAUCCCAUUUUAAGAUGAAAAUACCAUAUCAUCCUGCAUGGAAGAAGUUACUUGCCCAGGGCCACAUGAUGAGUUAAAGGCAGACCUAAAGCUAGGAAGCUAUCUUCCUGAACCAUAAUCCUGGACUCUUCUAACCUCUCUACUCUUAGCAAAUAGUGUUCAUUUUAAUGAUUUGAAGGAAGGAGGAAGAAGUAUUUUCAAAUACCUAUAGGACAACAUGGAAGCGAAAGGAGACUUCUUCUGUAUCUCCCCAGAGAAGAAAGCUAGGGCUACAGAGUUGCAGUUACAAGGUUGCCCUCUCUCUGGUUUGAUCCCCAAAGGAACUUUCUACCCAGAAAUAGAAUUUUUCUAGGAAGUUAUUUCUCCAUCCCUGGAGAUACUCAAACAAAGGGCUUGUCACAACGGUUUUUGUAGAAGCUAUUUCUUCAUAGAGGUUGGGGAGAGAUUUAGCCAAGGGAACUCUGGGGUCUUUUUCAAAUCUAUGAUUAUGUGGCCAUUUUUUAAUUGACUUCCACAUGUUCUAGUUGAUCACUACAAACCUGGCAGGCCUUCUCAAGAGUUCAGUGGCUUCCAGCCUAGAAUCAGCUGUCAUUUCCCACUUGUUCAGAGAGUGUCCAACACAAAAUACCCCUAAGAUCUUGGCCAAUAGAGACAUGUCAUGGAAUUUUAGAGAUGACAGUAUCUGCAGAAUUUAUUCCAAGUUACAUCAUUUCAAGGAUGAAGAAACCCAGGUUCAGAAGGAUGGCAUGGUGGCCAGUGCCAGACGGUAGGUAGUUGGAGUGCUAAGAGUAGAAAUCAGAUCUGACAAUAAGCUCAGCAGUCUUUCAACUUCAUUCAUAAAUCAUCUAUUUUUUUGAGCAUCUAUCAUAUGGCAGCAUUUUCCUGGAUACUGGAGAGCUGAGAGGGAACGUGACAGGCAAGUCCCACUCUCACAGUGUAUACAUUCAGUAGGAAGGAGAUACACAGUAAAUAAAGUACCAAAUAAAGUAGCUGAACUUCAUCAAAUGAUUUUAUUCUUAAAGUCAUUAAAACAUGCAAUGUUCCCCUUUUAUUUGUUUCAGGGGUUUACAGAUGGAACAAGCUUAGGUGUUUAUGUGGUUUUAGUGAUAAACCCUAUGUGCUUUCAUUUAUUUUAUGUUUUAUGUUAAAACAUCAACCCCAAGGUAAAAUGCAUAUUGUAUGUUGUUGGAUAUGUAUUUAACUGGUAUGCAUCCCAUGUCUUUGGGCACUAGUGUAUGAAUUCUAAUCUCUGUAAAUGAAAUGUUGUAUGUGUUAAUAUAUUUAAUAGAUGUAACUUCAUAAACUGGCAUUGAAGACUGAAGGAUUUUCACACUAAUUGUCAAUUAUUUUGUUAAUGUGUUCCUUUGUUUUUCUUUCUAGAUUAAGUCUAAGGGUAACCUCUUGGGAUUUUUAAAAAUGCAUCUAAUUCUCCAUGUACUUGGCUACAAAAUGACAACUGACUUUCAUAGGUAUAAUAAACCUUAAAGCAAACUGA